CCCAGCUCUAAGAACGUGUGUUUUUGUUGCGCUUGCAGCUGGUUUAAUUUUAAUUUUAAGAUUUAAACAAUUAUGUCGGCGCAGUACCAGCGAUUCCUGAAAGUACUUGAAAAGUGGCCAGCGGACAAAACAAAAGUUGGCAGCGAAGAGCGGAGCGCAGAGCCGGCGGUCAAGAUGAGCGAGGCGAAGAUCAUAUCGGGCACGGCGGUGGCCAAAUCCAUUCGCGAGGAGCUGCGUAACGAGGUGGCUGGUAUGGGCAAGCAGUUGGCGAACUUUGUGCCCGGCCUGAGGAUCGUUCAGGUGGGCGGACGCGAGGACUCCAACGUCUACAUUCGCAUGAAGAUCAAGGCAGCCACCGAGAUCGGCAUCGAUGCCGCCCACGUCCAGCUGCCACGAUCCAUCACCGAGGUGGAACUGCUCGAUAAGAUCAACGACCUGAAUGAGGAUCCGCGGGUACAUGGCAUCAUAGUGCAAAUGCCCCUGGAUAGCGAUAGUCGCAUCGAUUCGCAUCGCAUCACGGACGCAGUUUCUCCGGAAAAGGAUGUCGAUGGCCUGCACACGGUGAACGAGGGUCGCCUGGCCAUCGGUGACCAUGGAGGGUUCCUGCCCUGCACCCCCUGGGGCUGCCUGGAGCUCAUCCGCCGCUCCGGAGUGGAGAUCGCCGGGGCGAGGGCUGUGGUCCUGGGUCGCAGCAAGAUCGUUGGCACUCCCGCUGCCGAACUGCUCAAGUGGGCCAAUGCCACGGUCACGGUGUGCCACUCGAAGACCCGCAACCUGGAGGAGAUCACCCGCAGUGCCGACAUCCUGGUGGUUGGCAUCGGAGUGGCCGAAAUGGUCAAGGGUUCGUGGAUAAAACCGGGAGCUGUGGUCAUCGAUUGCGGCAUCAAUGUGAAGCCAGACGCCAGCAAGGCCAGUGGCAGUCGGCUGGUUGGGGACGUGGCCUACGAGGAGGCACUCCAGGUGGCCGGACAUCUGACACCCGUACCCGGCGGCGUGGGACCCAUGACGGUGGCCAUGCUGAUGAAGAACACCGUGCGCUCGGCGGUCCGAUCCCUGGAGCGCCAGUUGAGGAGCGAGUGGACCCUGCAAACGCUGCCCCUGAAGCCCUUGCGUCCCGUGCCCAGCGACAUUGUGAUUGCCCGGGCCCAAAAGCCCAAGGACAUCGCUGUGCUGGCCAAGGAGAUUGGUCUGGACGCUCGAGAGGUGUCACUGUAUGGCAACAAGAAGGCCAAGAUUUCGCUGUCUGUCCUGGAGCGUCUGGCGGACAAGGAGGCGGGUCACUAUGUGGUGGUGGCCGGCAUGACACCCACGCCCCUGGGCGAGGGAAAGACCACCACGCUGAUGGGCCUGGUCCAGGCCCUGGGAGCCCACAAGCAGCGGAACACCAUGGCUGCCUUGAGGCAGCCCUCCCAAGGUCCCACCUUCGGCAUCAAGGGAGGAGCGGCUGGCGGGGGCUACGCCCAGGUUAUCCCCAUGGAGGAGUUCAACCUCCAUCUGACCGGAGACAUCCAUGCGGUGUCUGCGGCCAAUAACUUGCUGGCCGCCCAGCUGGACACCCGCAUCUUCCACGAGAACACCCAAAAGGACAAACCCCUGUACGAGAGGUUGGUGCCGAAGGUCAAGGGGGAGCGCAAGUUCAGCAACAUCCAGCUGCGUCGCCUCCAGAAACUGGGCAUAACCAAGACCGAUCCCGAUUCGCUGACCGAAGAGGAGUACGGAUCCUUCGCCCGGCUGGACAUCGAUCCGGAUACCAUCAUGUGGGAGCGUGUGGUGGACAUCAACGAUCGCUACCUGCGCAGCAUCACCGUUGGGCAGUCGCCCACCGAGAAGGGCAUCUCGCGGGAGACCCGCUUCUCCAUCUCGGUGGCCAGUGAGAUCAUGGCUGUGCUGGCUCUGUCCCGCUGCCUGGAGGACAUGAAGCGGCGUCUGGCCGACAUGGUGGUGGCCUUCGACAGACGGGGCAAGCCGGUGACCGCCGAUGAUCUGGGCGUAACUGGCGCCCUGGCCGUGCUCCUCAAGGAUGCCCUCGAGCCCAACCUGAUGCAGUCGCUCGAGGGAACGCCGGUCCUGGUGCACGCUGGUCCCUUUGCCAACAUAGCCCACGGCUGCAACUCCAUCAUCGCCGACGAAAUCGGUCUGAAGCUGGUGGGCAAGGACGGAUUCGUCUGCACGGAGGCGGGAUUCGGCUCGGAUAUUGGCAUGGAGAAGUUCUGCAACAUCAAGUGCCGCACGUCCGGACGUAAGCCCAACGCCAUGGUGCUGGUGGCCACCGUGAGGGCCAUCAAGAUGCACGGAGGCGGCGCACCCGUCACCCCCGGAGCCCCCUUGAACAAGCAGUACACCGAGGAGAACCUGGAGCUGGUGGAGAAGGGCCUGCCCAAUCUUCUGCAGCACAUCGCCAACGGCAAGGCCUUCGGCAUGCCCGUGGUGGUGAGUCUGAAUGCCCACUCGGCGGACACCCCGGCGGAGCAUGAGCUGGUCAAGAAGGCGGCCCUGGAGGCGGGCGCCUUCGCCGCCGUGGUGGCCACCCACUGGGCGGACGGAGGAGCCGGUGCCGUGGAGUUGGCCGAUGCCGUCAUCAGGGCCUGCGAACAGGGCAACCAGUUCCGACUGCUGUACGAUUUGGAGCUUCCGCUGCUGGACAAGAUGAACAAGAUAGCCACGACGAUGUACGGCGCUGGAAAGGUGCUGCUCUCGCCGGCGGCCGAGGAGAAAGUCAAGCGACUGACGGAGGCGGGCUUCGGCAACCUACCCAUUUGCAUGUCCAAGGUAUCCGGCUCCUUCACGGGCGAUGCCAAGAUCAAGGGCGCGCCCAAGGGCUUCACCCUGGACGUGGAGGAUGUUUACGUUUCCGCCGGAGCCGGUUUCGUGGUCGCCAUGUGCGGCGAGGUCACCAAAAUGCCGGGUCUUCCCACACGCCCGGCCAUAUACGACAUUGAUCUGAACACCGAAACCGGACAAAUCGAGGGCCUAUUUUAGACUGCUCGCUGGACAAGGCGUAGAUUGCCGCCAAUUCAAAAAGCAUUUCCAUAUCCAAAUUCCAAAAAAAUAAAACAUGUUUCGUUUUUAUAUGUAUAUACAUUGAUAUAGAGAUAAGUUUUAAAAGUUCUAAAUACAGAUUUUUGACGGAU